GGCGGGGGCAGCGCUGGCCCCGGCCCGGCGAUGUGAGGCGGGCGCAGCAGGAUGUGUCACUGAUGGAGUCUGAAGAAACCACUGAGGGAGGUACCACUCCCCCAGAAGCCAGCAGCACCACUGGGGAAGCCUGCGAUCCUACAGCAGUCAAAAGAGAGCAUCAUGCCCCUCACCAAUCAGCCGAAAUGAGCACCAGCCCGUCUGACUCUGCAAAGGGAGCAGAACUCAGCACUCCCGAGGACUGCCUUUCUGCUCCAGGGAAAGCAGCAGAGAUGCUAGGCAGACCCUCUAACCCUGUGCAAAAAGUGCCAGCAGGACUGGAACAAGAGCAAGGUGAUGCAGAACCUCAAAAGGGACUCUCAGAAUUAGAAGGAGAAAUGUUUUUAGAGGAGAGUGGACUGGAUUGUUCUCUGAAACUUAAGCAAGUAGAGCUGGUUGACCUGGAAAGCAACCAGGACUCUUCCUCUCACAGCACAGCCCAGGAUGGGCCAGCCCCUGGCAAUGCCAUCCUGCAGGCUGUGGACCUCAGCACUGAGUUUCCUCAGUGCCAGGCAGAACUGGAUUUUCAUGGCUCAGACCCUCAGGCCCAGCAUCCAAAAUCUCCUUUGGCUGAUGCCAUUUCCUCUCAGAGAGAGACACCUAAGUGCUUCUUGGUGUGUAAAACCGUUUCAGAGGGGCAUUAUAAGGCUGAACCGUUUCUGGAUAAGAACUCCAUGGAUUCUUUGCAGGAGGUUGAUGCUGGUGCAGAGCAGAAGCAAAGCAGCAAAAAAGUGGCACCAGCAACUGAUGAGCAGCCUACCUCAGAGGAAGCAGUAGAGCACAUGGCUAAACCUUACACUUCUGAAGAUGCUAAGGAAAGCAUAAGAGCACUCCAGGGUUUGGAAGAGAAUAUAGAGUCUUCCUCUUCCCAUCAACUGUCUUCCACCUUAACAGGUAACAGCCAAAUAAGUUCACAACAAGCAGAAGGAAAUAUCUCAGCUGGUGAAACAAGGAAUAGCAGCAUGGUCAAAGACCAGGGAACAGUAAUGGUUCCUAAAGAAAACUCAUCCACUUCCAAAUGCCUUCAUCUUGAAGAUGAUUACAGAAGAACAGAGGGCAGACCUGCCUCUCCAGCAGAGAGUGCCUUCCAAGUAAAGGAUACUGCUAAAAAAAUUGAGGAAGUGAAUACUUCACAGCAUAAGGAACCAGCACAGGAGGAGGCAGUGUCUGAACUUCAGCAGGAAGAGAAGAAAGAGUGCAAAGAGCAGAAUCUGCCAGAAGAAGGAAAACCUUCGGAGCCCAAAGAUCACAAAAACAAGGAACGAAAUGAGCAGAAACAACAACUGCAGAAGGAAGAGCUCAAACUGGAGGCUCUAGCAUCAGCUUUCAGGUCAGAGAUAUCUUCUGUUCCCAGGCAUAAUGUGGACUUGUGUGAUUUGGAGAAUGUUUUUUUGGCUGAGCAAACAGGAUCAGCAUUUCCUCCUGGGGAACCUGUCUCUGUGGAUCAGCAUCCUGGUGAGGAUGUACUGCUGAAAGCUCAUGUCACAGAAGCAGGUUGUGGAUGUCAGCCACCUGCUGUCAGCCCUCUGUCCUCAAAUAACCUGAACCCAGUGGGUGAAACUCCAAUGGUGCCUCCACACACGUGCCAUAUCUCUGACCAGGCAGAAGACCUAGAAGACUCUGGCCGCUUUUCCAUCGGUGGUCAGGAUAUUAGAGAAGCUGACUGGGAUGACAGGACAAGACUGGGCAGGGAGGAUGAGCACAGUGAUGGGCAUGGAAAGGCUCUCCAGAGGUUUGAUAAAAGAGGUGCACCACUCCGUGGAGGAGUGGCAGCACCUUCUAGCACAGAGAACCCAGAGGCUUCUGUUCCACCACACCCUUCCUCUGGUACCAAGAACUUGGAGCCACCUGAUCCCAUAGAUCCUCAUUCCAUUACAGAAGAUUUGGGAAAAGCUGAGCUUCAGGACUUCAUUCCAGCUUUACCCUCAGAGCUCACCUCUGUGGCUUCAACGUCUGGCUCACAGCAAGAGGGUGCUAGUGGAACAGCCUCUGUGACCGCUGAGGACUGUCCUGGCGCCAACCUGAACAAACUGCUAGACUCUGUAAAGAAGCCAGCCAACCAAGCUGCUUCUGUACAAGUGCAGGACUCAACAUCAGGGGAAACUGCUGUUGUAAGUACUGAUCCAAGGGAGGCCAACACUCCCCAUGAACUCCUUACUUCUGAGGAAGGCUUUCAUGAAGACCUUAGUGGCCCGUCUUCUUUCUCUGUAAUAUACACGAGCUGUCUUCCUCUAGAGGGGAGCCUUCCUGAGGAUAGGAGGACUGUGGCUAUCAUUGCAGGGCCUCUGGAACCACCCCAAACACCAAGUAGGACUUCCACUCCCCUGAACCACCCAGAGACAAUUCAGCAAAACCCCCCAGAAAAAAGUGCCAUUAUCCAAGGAAAAGAAACAGGAGCAAAUGUGGAUCAUGAAGCACAACAAAUGCCUUUACUUGAUCAGUCUGACGGCAGUUUAAACCAAAAAGAGCCUGGAUCCAGAAUCUCCAGUGUCCUGAGCACCCUGACUUGGCCCUCUGAAGAAGAUAUGGUCCUUGCCGUGAACGAGCAAGAACAACCUCUGUCCCCUGUGUCCCACUCAAGCCUACCUCUGGUGUCUGAGCCUGAUGCCAAACAGCUUCCUCAUCCUCCUUCCCACAUUCAAAGCCCCAGUCAAGCUCAGGCCCCUGCACUUAAUGCAAAUCACCUUGCUCAACCUCCAGCCCUUGAAAGUUACCAGCCGCUGGCUCCUGUACCCUACUCCAGGCCACAUCUCAGCUGUGGUAUGGAUGAUAACAAGUUACUAGCCAUUCACCCUACUACUAGCCAUCCUCUCCAGACUGCCACCUCUCUGUCUGAUUCUAACACUGUGGCCUCUGCUUCUGAUGGACAAGAUGUAGCAGAGAAAGAUGACCUUGUUUCAGUAACUAGAGAGUGGGAUCUCAGUGACUCAGGUACCCAUGAUACAGAGAAUUCUGAUGACUCAGGGGUCAGUUUGUUGGCCAAAAGCUUUUCUGCUGUUGGAAAUGAAGUGUUGGCUGGCUGCUCUGACACCAGCCCUCAAACAGCAGACCAGCACAUGGAUAUACAGUGUGGAAAAUCCUCACCUGACCACCCUUCUUGGCCCUCACUGGAAGGCCUGAUAACAUCCACAGAUGCCAAGAGCAGAGACUCUGCACAGCCACUUCCAAUGCUAGCAUUCACCAAUCCAAUUCACUUCCUCCAGCUCAGCCCUCCAUCACCGCCAACCACCAGAAAAACCUGCCAAGAGGAGGACGUCUCAGGGGAGCUGCGAUGGGAGCAACAGGCAGGCAUCUUUGGUGUGGAUACAAAGAACAUCCAAGCUCCAUUGGCAAUCACAGAGAAAACAGAAGGUGAGAGGAGGGUCAAGCAAAGGCUGGAAGGAGAAGGAGGAGAAUACCACUUGGUAGCUCAGCCAAAGGAGGAAAUGCCCAGACAUUCACCCUUGGAAAAAUCAUCAAGUUGGCCAGACAAAAAAACGAUCAGGGUAGUUGCACAGGAGCCAGCAGCCAAUCAAGAAAACCCAAUUAAACGCCGAGUAAAAAGCAAGGACUGGCACCGUCAGGGCCUGAAGAGGAUGUCAGUACCACCAGACAUCUUGCAGGAAAUUCCAUCUGUUCCUUCAGAGGAAGAAGCUCACAAGGCAUACAGGGAACCACCAGUCAGUUCAGAAACAGUUAUAUUGCGAGAGAAGAAACCUGCAGACACAAUGGAGAACUUCAAACGCCGACACUCCAAACUGAUCAACUCCUCAAGAUUGUUGUAUCAGGAGUACAGUGACGUGGUUCUGAACAAGGCCAUUCAAAGCCAGAAGAGAGUGGAUUCUUUCACAGAGGAUAUAGAGUCGAGUUUCCCAAGUUCCCCAAGGCUACGGAGGAAAGUGCUGUCUCCCCAGGACUCAUAUUUGCAACGUCUGUCAGUCUCAUCUAAUGCAUCCCUCUGGCAGGACAUCCCCAUGAUACGGGGCAGCAGAAUACUACUCAAUAUGUCCCGUGAUGAGCAGAAGCUGCAAGAGGCCAAGUUUGAGUUGAUAAUGUCUGAGGCUUCAUACCUGCGCAGUUUAAAUGUGGCAGUGGAUCACUUCCAGCGAUCAGCAGAGCUCCAGGCAAUGCUCACCAAUCAAGAGCGUCAGUGGCUUUUCUCCCGCCUUCAUGAUGUACGCGAUGUCAGCGCCAGUUUCCUCUUUGACUUGGAGGAGAAAUUUGAGGAGGACAUGUUCACCUUCCAUGUGUGCGAUGUGGCUCUGAAACAUGCCCCCGAGUUCCGCAGGGUGUAUCUACCAUAUGUAACAAACCAGACAUAUCAGGAGCAGACCUUCCAGCGGUUACUAAAUGGAAACGCAGGGUUCCAGCAAGUCCUGGAGAGACUGGAAAGUGAUCCAGUGUGCCAGCGCCUCUCACUUAAAUCCUUCCUCAUCCUCCCUUUCCAGCGCAUCACUCGACUCAAACUCCUCCUACAGAAUAUCCUGAAGAGAACUCGGCCUGGGUCUGAGGAGGAAGUGCAAGCAACACAGGCCUACGAUGCACUGGAAAAGCUCAUCAAGGAUUGCAAUGAAAAUGUGCAGCGCAUGAAGAGCACUGAAGAGCUGAUCUACCUCAGCCAGAAGAUUGAAUUUGAGUGCAAGAUAUUCCCACUCAUCUCACAGUCGAGGCGACUUGUGAAGUGUGGUGAGUUGACAGCACUGGACUUCAACACCCUGAGUCCAAAAUGGAAAGUCACCACCCGUCCCAUCUACCUGCAUCUUUUCAAUGACUGUCUGCUCCUGUCUCGGCCGAAGGAGGGUGGACGUUUUGUUGUGUUUGAUCAUGCUGCUUUCUCAGAUGUGCGUGGGGAGAAGUGUGAGAUGAAACUGCAUGGAACAAACAAAAAUGUUUUCCGUCUCUUUCUACUUCAGAAUUACCAGGGAAAGAGAGUGGAGUUUUUAUUUCGUACAGAGACACACAGUGAGAAGCUGAGGUGGAUCUCUGCUUUGGCUCCUCCGCGAGGAGAACUGGACCUCCUGGAAUGCCCUGAUGCACCACAGGUUCAAUGCAUAAAGACUUACAAGGCUCGGGAAAAUGAUGAACUGGCUUUGGAGAAAGCAGAUAUCAUCAUGGUUAUGCAGUACAGCAAUGAUGGAUGGAUGGAAGGAGUAAAACUUUCAGACCGGGAGAGAGGCUGGUUCCCCUCAGAACACGUGGAACUCAUCUCCAGCAAACAAGCGCGGCAGAAGAACCUGAAGGAGGAACAGCGUGUGAAGAAUGCCAAGCAGCAGGUCUUCUGCAAGAAAUAAGACUCUGUUUGGACCUGUACAGUCUCCCUGCCAUGGGGAAACCAUCUUUUUUUCUAUUGUGCCUCAGAAGAAACGCCUCUGCGAAGAGCAUAAUACAGCACUUUGACAGAACCAGGUGCUUUUUGCCAAAGAAAGCGGGAAUUCAAUCAGGAAAAAUCAUUCACUUCCUCUGUGUCACCAGGACUAUGGCAGCAGGAGGAGGAAAAAAAGUUGCAUGUGUUGCUUGCUUUGUGGUAGUAGGGAGGGACUUUAAUUGGACAGAGGUAUGGGAUCUGGACUUCUGAAAAUAUAUUCCUGGUUUUGCCACUGACAAGUUGCAGGACCUUGGGCGAGUCACUUCAGAAUUCUGCCUCAGUUUUCCCAUCUGUGAAAUGGGGGUAAACUUACCUACCUCACUGGAUGUUGUGAGGCUAAAUUCACUAGUAUUAGCAUACUAAGAGCUUUGAGUUCCUGAGAAGGAAGGUGCAAAGCACAAUAGAGUUGAGGAGGGUUUUCCACUUGAAUAUCCUCUUGAUAUCUUGAUGGUAUUGAUCUCCAUAGUGUAAUCUCCACUUAGAACAAUUUAUCUAUUUGAUCGUGCAAGUCUACUGGUUUUUAGAUAGGCAAAUAUUUCAUUGUACCUAAAUUUAACUCAGUCUCGGCAUACUGUUAAGAGUCCUUGACAGCACUAGAAAAUCCACUGGAGUUAAGUGAAGUUUUCAGAAGCCACUGUGAUGAUUUCCCCCACCUUAAGAGGUAUCAAGCUGAAGAAUCUGUUUCACAAAGGUCACCUCUCUUCUGAACAAGUGUCCCAAUAAGCCAUCUGAAAUGACCCUUUUUUACUCUGCUUCCCACUCAAAGUAGAACAGUGACUUUUGACAAAGAUUUUUAUUACGUGUUGGUACAUGCCCUGUACAAAAUAACCAUGACUAGGCAUAUGCAAUGAAGUGGCACUUUCCUGCUGCUCUUAAUCUGUUAGCUGAUGUGGUAUUGCAUGCACCAUUUUGCACACUUAGAGAAAACACUGAGAUAUUUAGCCACUGUAGAUAAAGUCAAAAUACGUACCAGGGACUUUGUUCUUUUUUAGAACUCUCUGGUUUUAAGUCCAGUUUACAUGCAGUCCUGCUUUUGUGCAGAACCUGUCUAUUUGAGGAUAUGCCUUCAACUGUAAAAUACUGUUUCUGUGUUAAAGUGUUUGCGUUCAGUUCAGUCAAUGCAAGAUCAAGUAUAAGAAUCAAUACACCAAAGAAAGCAAUGUGUAGCCUUCUUGCAUUUAAUAUAUUUGAAGAAUUAGUUAUCUUCAUUUCUCCAGCUUUCUGUCGUGGUAACAUUCUGCCUUUAAUUCCCAUUUACGUUGUAUCUAGUAUAGCUUAUUACAGCCUAUUUAUAUCAAUAAUUUUAGCUGGAUUAAAAAAAAAAAGUUGCUUUUAGUCCUAAUAAACUCAUGCACUUCUCC